GAUAUCCAAUCCACAUUCCCUUCCAAGUAAAUCUCACUUGGAGAACGGAAGGAGGGAAUUGCUUUUCUUCGAAGAAUCAAAUGGGUAGUUGCUUUUCUUGCAGAUGCAGAUCAUCAUCUGUGCUGAAGACAAUACGGUUGGUUCACCUCAACGGUUAUGUUGAGGACUUUGAGCCUCCAAUUUCAGUUGGCCAAGUUAUCAGCAUGUCACCGAAGCAUUUCGUUUGCACGGCUGCGCAGCUGCUCUCUACCGCCUCCUUGCCUCUGAAACCUGAUGAUCAACUCCAGCCAGGAUCCAUCUAUUUCCUGCUCCCACACUCAGCUUUCCAUGCUGAUGCAUCUCCUACUGACUUUGCUUCUCUUGUAAAGAGGCUCACAGCAAAGGCAAAAUCCGUUGACCCGACGUCGACAAGCAUUAGUACUCCUGGCAGCUUGAUGGAGUUUCCAGAGGAAAGGGCACGCAGCGUAGGAAGGCGAUCAUGGAAGCCUAUUUUGGACACCAUCAAAGAAAUGUCCUUCACUCGGAGGAGCGAUUCAGAUCUAAGAGAAAUGUAUUCUAUUACCACCAAAUAGCUUACAUUGCAGUAGUUUAGUUU